UUCCCUGCUCCUGGAGAGAGGCAGCUCUGGGAUGCAGCAGUGCCUCAUUGGUCAGUGGGACCUGUGGAGUCUGCGGGUUGCCAUACCAACCUGCCUCUGGUUCCCAGCCAGCCGGGGCGUGAAGUGCCGGGUCGAGCUGGUGCCAAGGGGCGGACCGGCAGCCAGGGGCAACCCAGGGCUCUGCAUCCACCCAGCUGUCCUGGCGAGCUGGCUGGCACCGCUGGGCUCCCUGACCCCCGGCACCCCUCGGCAGCACUCUGUGCUUCGCUGCACGGAGCGGGCAGCGGGUUGGCACGGCACGGGGGGCUCACCCGGGCAUCUCACUGAGUGACCUGCAGCGAGUGGUGAGCUUCGGUCCCCCUGAGCCUGGAGAGAGGUGGCAGCUCGGCUCACAGCCGCUCCUCCCGGGAUCAUCCUAGCGCCAAACUUCCCGCCUGUCUGCCUGCCUGCCUGCCUGCAAGCCGGGCCCGGAGGCUGCCGCGCUGCACUGCCUUCCCCAUAGGGCUUUUCCUGCCGCCGAUGCCCGCAGGCUCGCUGCAGGAGACGAAGGCUCUGUCCUGCCCUGGGCAACGCACAGGGGAGCUGGGGGCUUUGUGCCGGCUUUGUGCCUGGGUCCCUCCCCGGUGCUGUGAGCCAGAGCCAUGAGCCACUGCCAGCAGCGCUGCAAGAGGCAGCUGGGCCGGGUGAUCCGCUUCUUCUACCAGUUUGUCACUGGGACCCUCUCGCAAGACAGUGUCGAGGAUGAGUUUGAGCUCUCCACCGUCUGCCACCGCCCCGAGGGGCUGGAGCAGCUCCAGGAGCAGACCAAGUUCACCCGCAAAGAGCUGCAGGUCCUGUACCGGGGCUUCAAGAACGAGUGCCCAAGUGGCAUCGUUAAUGAAGAAAACUUCAAGCAGAUCUACUCGCAGUUCUUCCCACAAGGAGACUCCAGCACGUAUGCCACCUUCCUUUUCAAUGCCUUCGACACUGACCACGAUGGCUCUGUCAGCUUUGAGGACUUUGUGUCUGGGCUGUCCAUCAUCCUGCGAGGUACCAUCGAUGACCGCCUGAACUGGGCCUUCAAUCUCUAUGACCUGAACAAAGACGGCUGCAUCACCAAAGAGGAAAUGCUGGACAUCAUGAAAUCCAUCUACGACAUGAUGGGCAAGUACACCUACCCGGCCAUGCGGGAGGAAGCACCCCGGGAGCAUGUGGAGAAUUUCUUCCAGAAAAUGGACCGAAACAAAGAUGGUGUGGUGACAAUCGAGGAGUUCCUGGAGUCCUGCCAGAAGGAUGAGAACAUCAUGAGGUCCAUGCAGCUCUUCGACAACGUCAUUUAGCUGUCUCCAGUUGAGCUCUUCUGACAUCGGGCUCAGACCCCACUCCUCUCUCAACUUCUCCUUCCAGCCCUUCCUGCUGCCAGCUGCCACACAGAGACAUGGUCAGCACCUGGAUGUAUCCUUCCCCCGAGGCCAGCCCCGCUUUCCUUGGGGGCCCCACACAAAAGUGCCACCAAAGCGUGGGCACAGCUGGCAUGGGGCAUCUGGCCUGGGUGGGCUUCUUGCACCCGAUCCUAGAGGGAAAGCUGCAGCCUUGGGCUGCCAUAGGGCCUUCCCUGUGCCCCUACAUCAUGACCCCCUCAGCAGCCGCAGCACCGGCUCCAGCCCAGACCCUCCAGCAACACUUCUAGGAACUAAGAGUCUCUCAGCAGGCAUCAGCGCCUCAGCUUCCUCCUGUGCCCUGAUGUUAGGGACACGUCCCCUACAUGGGACAUGAACCACUUGUCCCCCUCCUCGCUCACUCAGGGUGCCGGGCUCCCUGUUUGUCGCCAACAGCUGCCUGGAGCUGGGUGUGCACUCCUGUCCCACCCACAUAUCCCUCCGAGUACUGUUUGGGGGGCUAAUGUCUCCACAUCAAACUCCUGCUCAGCCCCACCAGCUUCAGGUCCUAGUCCACAGCCUGGCCCAGCUUUUCCCAACACUGUGCCCAGAGGGGCAGCGGCGGCUGGGGUUGAUGGGGAACGGGUGAGCAAGGCUGUGCACCACACCAGGCUGAGCCCUGGUAUCAGAGCCGUUCGGACCCCCUCACAGGGCCCUGAGCCUCAGCUGUGGAGCAGCCACCACUGCUCCAGGCUUGGCUUGUGCAGACGCGAUGUUUUUUAGCUCCGUCCACCACACUGUUCAUCUCACAGCCCUGUUCCUGGUCGGGAGGGCAGGUAACCCCAACCCCAGCACCUCCUGUCCCGCUGGGUGCAGAGGCCCUCCAUCUCUCCAUUCCCCCAUCCCUCCCUCCUUCCCUCCCUCCCUCCCUCACGCUACAGUCGCAUGGCGUGACCCCGCCCCAGGGCAUGGUAACCCACAACCCGCUUGGCAUCUCCAGUCUGUAUAUUUUGUAUUAUAACGAUAAGAUGGGUUAAAAAAAGAAAAAAUGGGGGGAGGGGUGGGGAGGAAAAAAGAAAAAGACAAUAAAAUCUAACCACGAUCGCUAUGCACACUGCUGGUACUCCCCUCUGCCUUUGUCGGACGUUUGGAGGGGGGAGCUGGGGAAACAGGGAGCACGGACACGAAGGCCGGCCCACGGCUUUCUCUGCAGUCCCCGAACCCCAAACCUCUGAGCCUCCCCGCCGGGCCGCCUCAGCGCGCCGCAGCAAAUCAGGUCAGCGCCCAGGGGAACUCGCGCGACAGCGGCACCGCCGGCACCGCAGCGAACGCGCACGCGCACAACCAAGGGGCGUCCGCGGCGCGCACGCGCAGCGCAGAAGUAAACACUUAAUUCCCACCCCUUCCCCAUCCGCACCGCUUCCCUACACAAAGCCAACUGCGCAAGCGCCUUCUGUCGCCGCGCGCCUGCGCGCUGC